AUGGCAGAGAGGAGAAUCAGCAACGGAGGAGACAUUGUUAUCAACGUUCCAGAGAAAGAAGGUUUUAAAGAUGCAGCAGCAUCACCUUCUACACAUGUAGCGGCUUCACCAAACUCAGACACGGCGACAGCGAAACUAGAGCCGUUAAGCAUUCCACUUCCUUUCUCUGGCAGCGUUCAUAAACCGUCUAAGAUUCCAAGUCCUAUCACUGAAGGUCUAACUCGGAGGAGAUCUCUUUCGAGGUCAGUUUACUCCAAGUCCAACUCAAGGUUUGGUCAACAACAAUCUUAUCGUUUCGACAAGACUAUGGUCGAAGAAAACUGUGGAACCCCUACGGAACCGUUUCGUGCUGCUUCAUUUUCAAAUCCUUCUUUUAACAAGGCUUUCUCUAGUAUUAAAUCGAAUAGGAGCACUGGCCCAGCAGCCCUGAGUAGAGUUAAUGAGGACGAAAUGGACGAAACUGAUGAAAAUGAAGAAAUCUACAAAAGGGUUAAACUGCACCAAGUGAAGCGUAGAGGAAUAAGACAUCUAGCUCUUCUUGAGCUACUAGUUUUUGUUGCUAUUCUAUGCACUUUGGUUGUGUGUUUAACCAAUGAUUCGGUCAAGAAGCAUCGCAUUUGGGGUUUAGAAGUUUGGAAAUGGUGCGUGCUUGUGAUGGUGACGAUAAGUGGCAUGUUUGUGACAAACUGGUUCAUGCAUUUCGCGGUGUUCAUCAUAGAAAGGAACUAUCUCCUACGUAAAAAAGUGUUGUAUUUUGUCCAUAGUUUGAAGAAGAAUGUUCAAGUCUUGAUUUGGUUCGGCUUGAUUCUGGUUGCUUGGGUGAUUCUGUUUGACGAUGAUGAUAGACACUCUCGUAAGGCUAAGAAGUUUCUCGACGCUAUAACUUGGACUCUCGUCUCCCUUCUCGUAGGGUCAGCCAUUUUCUUGGUGAAGACAUAUGCCUUGAAAGUUCUUGCUUCAAAGUUCAACGUCAGAAACUUCUUUGAGAGAAUUCAAGAAUCUGUUUUCCACCAAUACGUUCUUCAAACUCUCUCGGGAUUUCCGCUUAUAGAGGAGGCAGAGAGAGUUGGACGUGAGCCAAGCACUGGCCACCGUAGCUUCACGAGCACCAAUGGAACGGUGGAAGAGAAGAAGGUGCUUGAUAUGGGCAAGGUUCACAAGAUGAAACAAGAGAAGGUAUGUGCAUGGACAAUGCGAGUUUUGAUUGAAGCUGUGGGAGGUUCAGGUCUCUCAACCAUAUCUCACACUUUAGAUGAGUGUAGCAAUCGGAAGAAGAAAUCUAAUAAAGAGAUUACUAGUGAGAUGGAAACUGUGGCUGUAGCUUAUGAUAUUUUCAACAAUGUUGCUAAGCCAAACUCGAGGUAA